AUGGACCUGGCUCUUCUCUCGCACCGCUUUGAUCCUCUUCCAUCGGACGGCAAAAACCUGGCAAUCUACCGACCCAUCAACUCGCGUUCCCACAAGACCUUCCGCAGGGAUCUUCACCACACCUGGACGGGAACCCUUCCUGGGGACGUCCAACGGGCAUCAGUCAACCUUCACCCACGGACAGCCUACGUCACUGUCACGGGCACGGCCCUGGUAGAUCCGCCAGAUCCGGAAUCCUUGCCGGCCUCGAUCCUUCACACCUGGAGGGAAUUGGCAGCCGACAUGGACGACGAUUGGGGAUGGGUCCCGGAAUACAUCUCUAUUGAGGGUGACAAACAAGUCCUACUGGAGGCACUGGAGAAGGGAAAGCUACGGGUGAUCAGCGAUGGCUCCUUCAAGCAACAAGUGGGCAUAGCCGCAGUCCAUCUACGAGCUAGACGUGGAGGGCACGUCAUCUGGAUCAAGUGCCGUACACCUGGUAAACGAGAGGAUCAGA